GAUUUUACAAAGUUUUUGGAAAGGUUUGUCUGCUUUUGCUUUAUAUUUCUUUCUCCAACUUUCGUGCUGUUUGCGCGAAAUUUCACAUUCUCUUUUUCCCUACCUAUCCUUUGCAAAUCCAAUAAGUAUAAAUAUGGGUUUCAUCAAUGCAAAAUCUUUGCCGCUGGCGGCUGGUCUUUUCAUCUCAGCUACUUCGGCUGCAGACGUUGCAUUAUAUGGUCAAUGUGGAGGUUCGGGAUUUUCAGGAUCGACAUCUUGUGUUUCGGGGGCGGUUUGUCAAUCCCAAAAUGCAUUUUACUAUCAAUGUGUAGCAGGAGCUGCAACGGCAACGAGCGCAGUUGAGGUCGUCUCGAGUACUGCAGUUGCUCCUGUAACGACAGCUUUGGCCGUCUCAAGCUCAGCUCCGGUAGUAUCCAGCUCGGCUUUACAAGUAUCUUCGGCUACUACGAAGAAAAAGUGCUCUUCAACUACUUUUGCUACUUCGGUUGCUAGACAGUCUACUUCAGUGGCAAGCUCGUCUGCUCAGGCUGUUUCCUCUCAGAUAAGCUCUGUAGUCGCAAGUUCCUCUUCUACUUCCAGCGCACCUCUCGUCACUACAACAUUCGCAGCUCUCCCAACUGCCCUUUCUACAUCCUCCGCUUUGUUUGCCUCGACUCAAGCUGCUGUUGUAGCCACCAGUUCUUCCAGCGCUGCAGUUGCCUCUACUGCAAGCUCAUCCGCAUCUUCCGGAACCAAAUAUCUUAUGGUCUUCGGUGAUUCAUACACCUCCGAUGGAUUCUACGGCGGAGCCACGCUCCCCUCCGCCGAAAACCCACUCGGUGUCGCCCUCCCCGGAACAACCACCGACGGCGGCCUAGGCUGGCUCGGAGUCGUCGCAACCGAACUCAACAGCUCCCUCGUUCUCGGCUACGAUUACGCCGAAUACGGCGCUACUACUGACAACAGCCUCGUCAACGGCGCCACCCACGAUCUCAUUGCCCAAGCCACCGAAUUCGAGACCUACGCGGCACACAACGCGUCCACCGCACCAUGGACCGAGGACAACACCAUGGCCAUCGUCUGGAUGGGCAUCAACGAUGUAGGAAACUCGUACUGGGAUGGAUUUGUCACUCCAUACGAUGCCAUCUUAGACGUCUAUUUCGCACAGCUACAAAACCUAUACGAUGCGGGAAUUCGCUACUUCACACUCUUCACCAUUCCCCCCUUCGACCAAGCCCCCGUAUUCGCAGAGCAAACAGCCCAAAACAUGGACUACGUGCGCGGCAACAUCAGCACCUACAACGCCGACCUGGUAACUCGCCUCGCGACCUUCGAGACCGCGAAUAGCGGAGUCACCGGCACGAUUUUCAACACGACGGAAUCUUUCUACACCGUUUUGGAUGACCCUACUACCUACGGCUCUCCAGAUGCGACGUGCAUGAAUGCGGAUGGGACUUCGUGCUUGUGGUAUGAUACGUAUCAUCCCGGUCAAGCGAUCCAGAAGUUGGUUGCGGAGAACUUUGUCAAGGCGAUGAGUGGAAUUUUCUCGCUUUAAUGGGCGUGCGAGAUGCAGUGAGAGGAGGCGUGUAUAUAUUAUUCUGUUUUCGAAAAUCUGGGCGGAGAGGAAGAUGUAAAUAUUGUGGGGAAUUGUGUGGAGUGAGGGAGUCUGGUUUCUGUCGGAUUGGGAAUAGCUUUCUCCCGUUCCUCUGUAUGUAUAGAUAGGUCUGACUUUCAGUCUCUAGCUCCUUUAUAUGUAGAUACAUAUUUAUGAAUCAAUCUUGUAUAUAAGACUCA